UUCAGUUCACCUAUAUUUGUUGUGGACGUUACAGACAUUUUUAGAAACUCAACAAAAUGUCCGCAAAACCAAAAAUGGAAUGUAAGCCGCCACCACUUUCACCAGAACAGCUGAAGAAUGUCAAAUUUCCUAUGCACAAUACGCAUUUCAAAAAAAUGAUAAAAAAUUUGAGGACGGCUUGCUGUUUGUCCCUGUUGGCUCCACUUAUGUUUUAUAUAUUUCACAAUACCCCGCGCAAGGUGAAGUAUCGGAAUUUCUACACAAAUUAUGAUCCGUUGGAUGCGUUUGAUCGUAUGAAGAGCGGCGGCUACUUGAGCUCGUGCCCAGCCAAGGAGGACAAUAAGGAGAAGGAGAAGGAAAAGGACAAAAAGAAGAAGAAGUAAAUCGAAUACCAGAAAACGGAAUCAAUUCACUUCAGAUAGGACAACAUAGUUGAAUCACACAACAAUGCAACAAUGGAAAGGAAAUCAGAACAGGAACGCAAAUGAAUUCUAAGAAAUAGUUAACUCAAGUUAUGAAAUAUUCCUCACCCACACACUAAUACACGCAUACAUAGGCAUACACGCACACACAUAUACACGCACAUACACGCACAUGCACACACAUGCACACAUACUCGCACACACAUCGAUAAAAUUGUUGAUUAAAUGGAGCAUUGCAAAUA